AUGCCGAAAGGCCGACUUCAAAAAGAAAAAUGCAGGCACAAGGACAUCUAUAUUGGUGACGCUAUUCGUCUCAAUGUUAUUCUGUUCGAUGGCUACGGGAAGAAAAAGUCAGUUGGAGGCGAUCAUCUGCGGGCCAGGUUAUAUAGCAUUGAUAAGAAAGCCUUUACAGCUGGACUUAUUAGAGACCACGAAAAUGGGACGUAUACUGUACACUUUGAGGCUCUUUGGUCCGGACAAGCAAACAUACAAAUAGAACUUUUAUUUCCCAGAGAGUUAAUAGCGACUAUGCUUCGCAUUCGCAACAAAAGGCAUUUCAGGAGCAUACUUGCAGGUUUUCAGUCCCUUAAUUACACUGAAGAGACAUUUUGUACUUCGGAUGAUUUAGCUUUGAAAAACGAAACAGGUCAAACUAAGCUUUGUAUUUUUUCCUACUGGAAUAAUACAAUUCCUUGGUAUUGUGCUAAGCCAGUGACAAAGAAUCUGACUUGCAACGAUUUUGUAAACAGCACACGUUCUUGGGCAGAUUAUACGUCAGAGAUAAACACAUGCGAACAUCAGCUCACUAAAAGGAAAAAAAUUAAUAUCGCAGAUAUUAAACAUAUUACAAUAUAUUCCAACAAGAGUCAAGUAAUAAGGGAUCAAUACAAGAGUCCGUGUUCAUCAUACAAUACGACAAAAUUAUGGUUUCAGGAGAAACCUUCAGGAUUCUUUUACAACGGACGUUGGAUUCUCCGCCACUGUAAAG